GUAGCGUUCGAUGUUCCGAUUCCUUUUAUCGAGCUUCUGAUAAACACUGCAAACUCGCGAGAUCUGCCUGAAGGCUUAAAAAUUUCUCAGAGGGAACAAUCUAUCAGUCUGACAAUAGAAGACGAUAUCGAAGUAGAAUCCCCAGUCCCUGCCUGGCCGUAGAGAGCGUGCGGGCAAAAGCUUUGCCAUCUUCCAUCUGAGAGACAAUGCAGCCUCAGGAGGAGCUUGUUGUGGACGCGGAUACGGAUUGUGUAACUUCCAAUCCAACAUAUUCUGUUGAUGAUUGGGCCAACUUCAGAGAUGAUGAUAUCAUGCAACAACAAACUGCUAUACGUGCUGAGGAAGCUGAGAAAAUUCCAUUUAUUGGGGACAAGGAACCUCUCUCUACAUUGGCUGCUGAGUAUGAAUCUGGCAACCCUAUCUUGCAGGAAAAAAUAAAGAUUCUUGGUGAACAAUACUCUGCAAUAAGGCGAACUCGGGGUGAUGGGAACUGCUUCUUUCGUAGCUUUAUGUUUUCAUACCUGGAGUAUAUUCUGCAAUCACAAGACAAAGCAGAAGUUGAUCGUAUCAAGUCAAAUGUUGAAGAAUGCAAAAAAACACUCCAGAGAUUGGGAUAUGCUGACUUCACCUUUGAGGAUUUUUUUGCGUUAUUCCUCGAGCAGCUUGAAAGUAUCCUGCAAGGAAGUGAAACUUCCAUAAGUCACGAUGAGCUCGUGAGGAGGAGCCGAGAUCAGUCAAUUUCUGACUAUGUCGUAAUGUUCUUUAGAUUUGUGACCUCUGGUGAGAUACGAAGGCGUUCUGACUUUUUUGAACCAUUUAUUGUGGGCUCAAUGAAUGCAUCAGUGGAGCAGUUUUGCAAGACUUCUGUGGAACCCAUGGGAGAAGAGAGUGAUCAUGUGCACAUCACUGCCUUGUCAGAUGCUUUGGGUGUGCCUAUACGUGUGGUGUACCUUGACUGCAGUUCCUGUGAUACUGGUGGUGCCACUGUGAAUCAUCAUGAUUUCAUUCCUGCUGGUGACCCCCAAACUGUUGCUGAAGGGGGCUCUGUCGCCAUGAAACCCUUUAUAACUUUGCUCUAUCGACCAGGCCACUAUGACAUCCUCUACUACAAGUGACCCAGUCAUUAAGGUUCCAUAACAACCCUAGUUGGUCCAUAUCACCGCUAUGGUCUAUGCGAGACUUUUUGCUUAUAAACUCUGUAAUGGACAGAAUUUGCAGCAAGCUGGAGGUUCUUCGACAUUCAUUGACUGAAAGAUGACUUGUUCAAAUCUCACUCUUCUUGACGAGUGGUUCUGUUUGUUGACCAACUUCCAAUCCAUGUGAAAGAAUCAAAUGUUGUACAAUUCCAUAUUUUUAAAUGUGGUAGAACUAAAACCUGGGAUGAUGGUUUUAGUCUGCAA